UUGCGGUGUGGGAUAGCCUGGAAAGUGCGUGAAGACCGGAGUUAUCCUGUCGAAGAGCGCUUUUGUUUUUCAGGGAGAAAUUUCCCACAAGUAUGCGAGGGGUUCGACGCAAGAUGCAAAAGACAUUACUUUGAGCUCGCGUCUUCGCAGGGUCUGGAAACACAGGAGCAAGUUCUUCCCGUGUCCGAUCGGCAGCCCUCCAACGGGAUUAUUCACGAGACCGAGCGCUCUCUCUCAUCGACGCGGACGACUGCGUGUUUACAGUAAAUAUGCGUCAAUACGUCGAUCUGUUAACGCAUAGUAUUUAGAAAACCUUUCGUUGGGGGCAAGGAGGCGUUUGGGAGCUUUUCAAGACGGUCGCUGUUAAGAGUUUUCGGACGUUUCCACGGGCUGCGCGCGGGACUCUGCUUAUACUCAUGUAGCAGUUUCACAUCGAUCAUUGGGUCACACAUAGAGCCACAAUUUCAACAGCACGCUGUGUUGCAACAACUGGCGCAGGAUUUUAAAAUCUGAAGAAUGUAGUUCAUUCCCCGUGGACAGCGCGAGCUUCAUAAACACACCGAGAAGAACAUCGUCUCUCUUCAAGUUCUUAUUCACGCUAUUGUGCGAAAUCCCACUUUUUGCUCCAAUUUUAUUGUUUUGAAUAGGGUUUUUUAUUUAUUUAUUUAUUUUUAUUUAUUUUAACCUGCAAUUUUUCAGUUAUACAUCACAUUUCGAUUAUUUUUGCUUCGUCAAGAAGGAAGCAUUUACUUUUGGAGAAUAUUUGGUUUGAUUUCACGAUGUACGAGAGCGUGGACGUUGUUGGACUGACCCCUAGUCCGAACCCGUUUUUAAGCAUGGAUUACUACCACCAGAACCGCGGCUGUUUGAUCCCGGAUAAAGGCCUCGUGUCGGGAGCGGCCCGCGGGUUCAGGACCCCGCACUGGAGCGGCUCGAAUCACUCUGUGGAGACCCAGAGCACAAGCUCAGAGGAGAUUGUACCCAGCCCACCUUCUCCACCACCACCACCACGGAUCUACAAGCCCUGUUUCGUCUGCCAGGACAAGUCCUCGGGCUACCACUAUGGAGUUAGCGCAUGUGAAGGGUGCAAGGGCUUUUUCCGGAGGAGCAUUCAGAAGAACAUGCUGUACACCUGUCACAGAGAGAAGAGCUGUAUCAUCAACAAGGUCACCCGAAACCGCUGCCAGUACUGCCGACUGCAGAAGUGCCUGGAAGUAGGCAUGUCUAAAGAAUCUGUUCGGAACGACCGGAACAAGAGGAAGAAGGAAGAGAAGAAGCAGGAGUGUUCGGAGAGUUACGUCUUAAGUCCUGAUACGGAGCAGAUGAUCGAGCGGGUUAGGAAGGCCCAUCACGAAACCUUCCCCUCCCUGUGCCAGCUGGGCAAAUACACCACGAACAACAGUGCAGACCACAGGGUUUCUCUGGAUGUUAACCUGUGGGACAAGUUCAGUGAACUCUCCACCAAAUGCAUUAUUAAAACGGUGGAGUUCGCCAAGCAGCUGCCGGGCUUCACCACGCUCACUAUCGCAGAUCAGAUCACCCUGUUAAAGGCCGCCUGUCUCGACAUCCUGAUUCUGCGAAUAUGUACACGUUACACACCGGAUCAGGACACCAUGACGUUUUCAGAUGGUCUGACACUGAACCGCACGCAGAUGCACAAUGCCGGCUUUGGUCCACUGACAGAUCUGGUUUUCGCUUUCGCCAACCAGCUCCUGCCUCUGGAGAUGGAUGAUGCAGAGACGGGGCUUCUUAGCGCCAUCUGUCUGCUGUGUGGAGAUCGGCAGGAUCUGGAGCAGUCGGAUAAGGUGGAUGUGCUUCAGGAGCCGCUGCUGGAGGCCCUAAAGAUCUACGUGAGAAAGAGGAGGCCUCAUAAACCACAUAUGUUCCCCAAGAUGCUAAUGAAGAUCACAGACCUGAGGAGCAUCAGCGCUAAAGGAGCCGAGCGAGUUAUUACUCUGAAAAUGGAGAUUCCCGGCUCCAUGCCUCCACUCAUUCAGGAGAUGCUGGAGAAUUCGGAGGGUCUGGAGGGUGGCGGUGGGGCGAGAGGAGGAGGAAAAGGAGCGCCACCAGGAAGCUGCAGCCCCGGUUUGUCUCCCAACUCCGCACACAGCAGCCCCUCAGCUCACUCCCCGAGUCUCACCUCCAGACAGGGCUCCGUACAGAACGAAACUGGUUCGAAACCAGAAAUAAGCCACAGCCGACCAGCGCCAGAAACCAGAAUUCCGGUAGACUUUGAUCUGGGCUGACCGGACCCGAAUCGAACAGUAAAUCUGGCCGGCUUUCAUUAGCUGAAGACCAAUUGAGUUACACACAGGCCGAGUCUGCUCAAAACUCACGCUGUCAUUAAAACCACCAGUGAUUCAGUGACUACCAGAGCCCUGCAGCUUUUCACGUGGCGGUAGUUUGUGAAGACGGCAGAACAGAUGCCCUGUGUGUGCAGAAGCGGCUCCUUACUGUGUCUUCCCAGCUCUGCUCCCAUCACACAAACUGUGAAGGCCCAGGGAAGAUCUCUUCCUCAUCUGAGGGAUGCAUACUCUUGGGCCUGUGAUGUUAUUUUAUAAAUUUCAGUCCCUUAAAGCAAGCUAAAGGAUGUUAGGACGUCAAAUGUCCACAAGUCAGGGACAUUUAGAACUUUCCAGCUGUUUUGGUCCUGUUUCUUUGUUUUCUUACAAAAAAGAUAUAUGAAUAUAUGAAAUCUAUAUUGACAGAAAUAUGAGAUUUGAAUCUUGUGUCUUAGGUGGAAUGCAGAACAAUACUUAACUUUUCUCUCAAGAGUUAACAGUGGGUCAACCUUAACCGUGUUUAUGUUCACUCCAAGACAGUCCUGUUCACGUCAUGCACAUGGGCACGUCACACUAGCACUGAAAACGAUGCGUGUACUUCAAGAUGUGACGUACGAUGGGGUUAACACGCAGUUUUGUCCAGUGAGGAAAUGAUUUGGAGACGUAUUCACAAUGAUCAACUUGGCAGUUUUGGCAAAGAAAUGAAGGAUCUCAUGUAAACAAGCAGCAUUUAUGAUGUGUAUGAGAUCUCAGAUUUUAAGGAGCGGUAAAUGCCUUUGUGUAGCUUUUUAAUAUUGUUUCUUAAUUUACUUUUAAUUUUGUAAUUGUUAACUGUCAAAAGACACAGAGACCCAUCCCCCCCUCUACACAGUAUUAGCAGAUUAUUAAAUAAAAAAUUAUAUUUCCAAACAUAAUGACUCACAAAGAAUACAAGAUGUAUUUUUAGCUAAAUGCCCACAAGAAAUUCAUGUCAUUUCAGAAGUAUUGAGAAUGUUGUCAUUGAGUAUUUCACACAGAACCUCAUGCCUUUUUUGCCUGCACCUCAGUCUUGAAGCCCUGUUAGUGGUAGAUUUGUUUCUAAUCAUCCGUCAUGCUUUAGCUGUCACGUGUGCUGAGAUGUUUCCACUGCCGCGUCCUUCUCCUCUGUACCUUACAACAUCACUGCCUCUGCUCUCCUGCAACAAUCAUUGAACAAUUGUCAACAACAACACUGCCUCUGUGUGACAAUCACUUUAAGUAAAGCUCACAAACAACUUUGCCUCUGUAACACACACUGAUCCCUGCCAGACAUCUGGAUUCAUGAGACCGCUAGCUUAGUUUUUUUUUUUUUUUUUU